CUCUCCCGUCUCUCAUCUCAUCGCAUCCUCUCUCCUAACGACAAUGCUGCCAUCAUACACAACACCCCCGAACACGCUCUUCUCCUUCGCCCACCGGCCAGUGACCAGCCGCUCGCGCCUCAACGCAAGCCUGCGCACGAGCUGGGCUUCCCCAUCGUCGCAGCAACCCCUCCCCUCCUCCUCCCAAUCCAACGCCUCCACAUCCUCAGACUCCUCCAGACCUAGAACUCGGGCGCAAACCUCCUCGCCAAAUCCCGCCUCCUUUGUGCUUGAAGCCCGCCGCCUCCGCCGCCCGCGCCACCGCGCGCUCCGCGGCCUCCCGCCCGCCGGCGCGUCGCUCCAUGUCCUCGCGGCAGACCUCAGCGACGAAGAGGGCGUGCUCGACGACGAGCGGGAAGACCUGAACAAUUUCGGGAGACGCUUUCUUAUUCCCAUUGGGAGACGGAAUACGCAGAUGGAGGCUGAGGCGGCGCCGUCGCCAACGCCCAGCGACCAUGACCACAGGCAGGAAGACCGGGGCGGCCUCACCCCCUCGCCUGAGCCGAUGGAGGACGUUGACCUUGAUGCAAGCAUCGAGGAUCAGGACGCACCCGACCUCGACGCCUCGCUAGAAGACCUCGACCGUAGCACGGAGUACGACUCGGACGACAUAGAGCUGAUGAACGACAUGGACCGCAGUGUCGCCAGCGACGAGGUUGGCGACAGCAUGGAGCAGUAACACCAUACGGCAUCUACCAGACACCACCACACACCCAGUUGUACACAUGCACAGAUUAUAACAUCAUACCAAGACAUAGGUAGCGCCCGCGCUAGCUGGCAAACCAGAAGUCAGUGCUCCGC